GUCCAGCCGUGCGCGUCCGCCGGCGCGCGCGCCGCGCGCGCGCGCCAUGGCGGCCGGACCCGCGGCCACCGCGCCGGCGCGGGCGCUGCUGGGCGAGUUCGCGCCGUGGGUGCGGAGGUACAACGCGGGCGCGGCGCUGCUGGGCGUGGCGUUCGGCGCGUGGGACGCCCCCGAGAUGAGGGGGCGAGCGCCCGGCGCCGCCAGCCCCGAGGCAGCAGCGCCUGACGGCCCGGGCGCCGGCAUGGCGCCAGCGAGCGCCCCUGCGCCAGGCGGCGCCGGCGCAGUCGCUGGGCCCCCGCGGGGGGCGGCGGCGGCGGCGGCGGAGCUGCCCGCGGCGCCGCGGGAGCUGGGCCUCUGGCGGACGGCCCUGCUCACCGCCCCGGGUGCGGCCCUGGCGCUCCAGCUGGGCCGCAGGGCCCGCGAGGAGCGGACACAGGGGGGCGAGGGCAGCUAAGAGGAAGGGCCGGGCGAGACGCCAGCGGCGAUCCUCCUCCUCCUCCUCCUCCUCCUCCUCCUCCCUCGCCACUAUCGGUGCCCCUCCCUCGGCGUUGGCCCUGGCGGCGCUGCCCUCGCUGUCGUGCCCGCUGCUGCUGUACCUCCUCGGGGGCUACCCCACCGGAGCGGUACUCCGGGCGUGGUAUGACGGCCGGUUGCCGCGCCCGCAGUAGCCGCGCCGCGGGCGUCUUGGCCGGCAGA